AUGCCAUCUCCUGCCUCCGGAGAGAUCCACACCACCGGUGCCGCUUCGUUGGCAGGCAAUUUCACUACCGACAACGAGACUCCCUAUGCUAUCUUCAUUACUACAGACAACACCAUUGACCCCUUCAAAGUUGUCAACGCAACGCUUACUUACACCAAAGAGACAGACAUGACCAGCCACGUCACAGUCAACGGAACCACUGGAGAAAAGGUCAACAUUACUUGUACCCGCGACAGGAUUAGCACCGUUAUCACUGGGAAGGUUACUGGUGCUGGCAUAGAUCCUCCGAUCACUAUUGUGGGCAGUGGCAAGUGGUCACUGCGCACGAACGCUGAGGGUAGUGUCCUGUGCCCUCCCGGCGGCGCUGGUACCAUGAAGCUGAUGCAGAGUGUCAGCGGCUCAAAUCUCCUGGUACUCUUGCAUCCUAUUGAGCUCGUGACCAUCUUGCACAAGAUUGUUCACCUCGCACAACACUUGAGAGGCCAAGACAAUGUAAAGAUGCCGUUGCGCGUUAAAUUUGAGUCACAACAGGCUGAGUGGAUGAGUACACUUCCCAUCACCCGUAGUGAUCUGGUAGGUGGUAUAGCACGUACUUCGCCACGAAGCUAUGUAAGUAUAGCAGCUGACUGGACAGCAGACCCCAGCCGUCUGCUUAGAGCAGGUGUUGGCAGACGAAGCACGCGGAAGGGGCUCAUUGGUUCUGAGCUGCACGUCGGUAAGGGCUUGUCCAGUAGAGAAUGUACUGAGUAG